GGUUUAUUCUGACAAAUACGAUUUUAUCAUCUUGUCCGCCAUGAUGGUUACCUAGCAACGCGUUCAGUAACCAUGGUAACUGUGGUCAUGCCGAAGCGUCCCGUCAAUAAUUUCGCGAAAUAUUUUACGUUUUCAGCAUGGCGGAUGAAAUGGAGGAAAACCUCGCUGAAAAGGAAGAAAUUUCUAGUUUUAAAGACCUUGGAGUCACAGAUAUUUUGUGUGAAGCUUGUGAGAAAGUCGGAUGGAAAAAACCCACAAAAAUUCAACAAGAAUGCAUUCCUCUGGCAUUGCAAGAGAAAGACAUUAUCGGUUUAGCAGAAACAGGCUCAGGCAAAACGGGAGCAUUUGCUUUACCUAUACUUCAGACAUUACUUGAUAAUCCUCAAAGACUUUUUGCUUUGGUUCUUACUCCAACAAGGGAACUUGCAUUUCAGAUAUCUGAGCAGUUUGAAGCUUUGGGAUCUUUAAUUGGUGUGAAAUGUGCUGUUAUUAUUGGUGGUAUUGACAUGAUGUCACAGUCGUUGGCUCUUGCAAAGAAACCUCACAUUAUUGUCGCAACACCCGGACGAAUUGUUGACCAUCUUGAAAACACGAAAGGAUUCAAUCUCAGACCUUUGAAGUUCUUGGUGAUGGACGAAGCAGACAGAAUUCUGAACAUGGACUUUGAAAAAGAGGUUGACAAGUUAUUGAAAGUGAUUCCUAAAGAAAGAAGAACAUAUUUAUUUUCCGCUACAAUGACAAAAAAGGUGAAAAAACUUCAGAGAGCAUCGUUACAAGAUCCUGUUAAAGUAGAAGUUUCAACAAAGUAUACAACCGUUGAAAAACUUCUACAAAGUUAUAUUUUCAUACCAAGCAAGUACAAGGACUGUUAUCUUGUUAGUAUCUUAAAUGAGCUCGCUGGGAAUUCCUUUAUGGUGUUUUGUGGUACCUGUAACAAUGUGCAAAGAACGUCAUUAUUACUGCGUAACCUUGGUCUUCAUGCCGUUCCUCUACACGGACAAAUGAGUCAGUCAAAACGUCUUGGUACUUUGAAUAAAUUCAAGUCAAAAUCCAGAUCUAUCUUGGUCGCAACAGACGUCGCAAGUCGAGGUUUAGAUAUCCCUCAUGUUGAUGUUGUCAUUAAUUUUGAUAUUCCUACACAUUCCAAGGACUACAUACAUCGUGUUGGUCGCACAGCUCGCGCGGGGAGAUCUGGUAGAGCCAUAACAUUUGUCACUCAGUAUGACGUUGAGUUGUAUCAACGUAUUGAGGUAUUGAUUGGAAAAAGAUUACCAAAAUUUGACGUCGUUGAAGAGGAAGUGAUGGCGCUUGUAGAGCGAGUUACUGAAGCACAAAGAAUUGCAAAAAUGGAAAUGCGUGAGAUGGAAGAAAAGAAAAAACGACCCAGGCAGGACAAAGAUAUUGACAAUGAAAUGCAAAUACCAAAGAAAAAAGGAAGAACUAAUUCAGCAAAUAAAAAAAGAAAAACAAGGUAGAAAAAUAUGUGAAAGUUUACAUGGAAACUGAAGAUAUAUUUUAAUGGUUGAUGGAAGAAAAUUGAAUAUCUAGGUCAAGUCAAUUUUACCAUUGAUACCAAAGGAAUUUUCUUCACAAGACAUAGAUUUAUAGUAUAUUUUCUGAUUUACUGCACAAGAAUAUGAAUAUUUAUUUAACAUGUGAAUGACAAUCAUAAACAAUUGUUAAAUCAUCGGCAAAA